CGAGGGAUGACAGCACCAGUCUAUUCCGGGGGAGCCACGGGAGAAAGGCCGGUCCUAAGAGAUCAAAUUCGACAGAUGGAGAAAAGGAUAAAAUUAGACACACGGAGAAAGACGGAGCUUUUUGCCUUUAGCUUUUUGCCAAUUAACGUUGAGACGAAUAAUAGAAAUAGAGUCGAGUCGAAGAAAAAGUCGUAGAGCGUUAAGCUUUGUAAAGAGAUAUAUUUGAUAUAAAUUGCGGUGUCGGAUACUAUUGUAUUAUUGUUCAUUUAAAAUAUAUAUACUUAUAUUCUUGUUCAUAAUAAGAAGAGUUCACAUUAAUCGCUCGGAACCUUAACAUCCUGAACAUCCCUCUUUUUACAAACUAAGGAGGAGGAUCAAGAAGGAGAGAGAUUGAAAGAGAAAAGAAUAGAGAAAUAGACGAUCUCUCUUUUUAAAUCUUAUAAUACAGAGUACGAAAUAUAAUCAAGAUUACAUAGUCAACGAUGGAGGAACAGGAAUUGAAAUCCAUUAAAGUCGGAUUUAUCGGAGGCGGAAAUAUGGCCAGUGCUAUAGGUGGUGGUUUAAUUAAAAAAGGUAUAUUAGAUCCAGACAAAUGUUGGGUUUCCACUUACACAACCAGAGCACAUAGUUUUUGGAAAGAACUGGACACUCAUCCGACCUUGAACAGUUGCGAGGUUUUGGACAAUUGUGAUGUUGUGUUUCUGGCGAUUAAACCACAUAUGCUAGACAAUGUCAUUAUGAAUAUUAUGGUACAAUCAGCAUACAAGAAAUAUAAGAACAAACUUUUUAUCUCAGUGCUAGCUGGAAUACCUCUAAAUGUCUUAAAUAGUAAAAUCCAAGAUAUUGUAGAAUUUCCAAGAAUAAUUAGAUCUAUGCCAAAUACACCUAUGAUGAUUGGAGAAGGGAUUAUAGUUUAUUGCAGUCAAAAUGCCUAUUCACAAGAUCUAAAGUUGAUGAAUACAAUGUUCAGUCACAUUGGUAUCUGUGAAAGUAUUCCAGAAUCACUUAUGAAUUCUACUGGUGCUUUGUCAGGUUGUAGUCCUGCAUUUGCUUAUCUCAUCAUAGAAGCAUUAUCAGAUGGUGCUGUGAAGAUGGGUGUACCAAGGUUAAUGGCGACUAAAUUUGCAGCUCAAGUAUUAGUAGGUGCUGGAAAAAUGGUGCUUGAAACUGGAAAACAUCCUGGUCAUCUGAAGGAUGAAGUUUGCUCGCCCGGAGGUGUCACUAUCGCUGGUGUUCACGCAAUGGAAAUCGGUGGCGUUAGAGGAUCUAUGAUCAAUGCAGUUGAGGCUGCUGUAAAUAAAACGAAUGAAUUGCAAUAAGUCCAUGCUGAGCUAAAUCUGAUAAAUAAUAAUUUGAGUCACAGUAGUAAUAUUUGAAGUAACAUAUAUUUACUUGCAUUUGAUUUUAUAGGUAUUAUUUUAAUCAGUAAUAUCUUUAGUAAUAGAAAUAAUUGACACAAUUAAAUUUAUAUUAUGCAACAUACAAACUGAGAUAUUUGCCUUUGUAAGAGAACUCAGAACAAAAGACUCGAAGAAUAGAAUCUAAAAUAAAUUUUU